UUCCCCCUCUCGUCUCCCCGGAACGGCUCUGUCCUCCGCAGCUCUGCGGGCCCCCCGGCAGCUCUGCGGGCCCCCCGGGAUCCCUCAGGCCUGGGCCCGGUACCUCGGCAGCAUGGCGCACCUGCUGGGUCACCGCGGCUGCAUGGAGAGCCUGCGGGCCGACCUGAAGGACCUGCAGGCUGCCAUCACCGACGUUUUCUCCCGGGUCGGCGCGGUGCGUUUUCCCUCCUGGAAAGUUCCCCGAAAGUGUUCCUGUGAGCUGGACCUGGCGUGCUUGCUGGAGCGGUACAGCUAGCCAAACCACCCGAGUUCAGGCCAGCACUCCCACGUGGUGCUGCUGGAGCUGGUGAUAGACAGGUGA